AUGAACGCGAGGCGCUCCUAUCGAAAGAAGUUGAAGAAAGAGGACAUAUCGACGCCAACCAAUUUCGAGCAUCGAAUACACGCCGGCUACAACUCGGGAACGGGACAAUAUACCGGACUUCCAAAGCAAUGGGAAGCUCUGUUGGGCCGAUCGAAGUUCAGCGGUGGUGAUCGACCAAAACCACUCGCCGAUCCCUCCACGUACACUCCAUCGGAACUCUCUUCAAUUAAAACAGUCGUACGGGGAGAUGUUUCGAAAGUUCUUUCAUCGCCACCAUCAAACGGAUUGGUCUCCCAGACAUUUGCAAGAUCGUCUAUGCGAGCUUCUGGGGUUUUGUCGCCGUAUGGUCCUCGUUCUCCAGCUUCAGGAAUUUCGCCUGAUUUGAGAAAAUAUCCAUUUGGAGAGCCUGGAUAUGCGCCAUUGCCGUUCACCCAGAAUGGGCAAACAUCACAGCAAAGUUCAUUCCGUGCGUCAAGUCGCGCCCAACAUGUCGUCAACGCACCAGUUCCACCGUAUUCCGGUUCUGCUACCUCAUCAUCGCUCUCAAAUUCAUCAGAAAGAGAUGCAAACGCUAAUCCGGCUGCAGUCACUUUGACGCCUGAGCAGUUUCGAGUCGCCUUGUCGUCGGUGGUAAGCCCAAGCAUUCCAAUCACGGACCUCUUAAAUGUUGUUCGAUUUGCUGAAGGUAGUACAGGAUUUGUGGACACCGCAACACUGAAAACAGACGGUCGUCGGGUUGCUGUUAAAAGAAUGGAUCUCCGAAAACAAGCAAGACGAGAAUUAUUGUUUAACGAAGUCUGUAUCAUGAGAGACUAUCAUCAUGCAAAUAUUGUCGAGAUGCUGAGCUCAUUUUUGGUGGAAAACGAACUUUGGGUGGUGAUGGAAUUCAUGGAGGGUGGAUCAUUAACCGAUAUUGUUACUACUUGCAGAAUGUUCGAGCCACAAAUCGCGUGCCUCUCGCAACAAUGUCUUCGCGGUUUGGCCUAUUUACACUCACACGGGAUCAUCCACAGGGAUAUCAAGUCGGACUCGAUUCUGAUGAAGUUUGAUGGAACAGCGAAAAUUAGCGACUUUGGCUUUUGUGGACAGCUAUCGACGGAUAUUCCUCGAAGGCGGAGCCUCGUUGGAACGCCCUAUUGGACUGGCCCAGAGGUAAUCUCUCGUCAACCUUAUGACACUUCUGCUGAUGUUUGGUCUUUUGGCAUCAUGCUAAUCGAGAUGGUCGAGGGAGAGCCACCACUUUUUAAUGAGGAUCCCAUGGCGGCCCUUAAAAUGAUUCGCGACAAUCCACCACCAAGACUCAAUCCAGAAGCACAGAGCUCAAUGUUUCUAAAUGACUUUGUUUCACGAUGCUUGCUGAAAGAGGCCCAGUUGAGAUGGAAUUGCGAGCAACUUCUUUCACAUCCAUUCAUCAAAGAAAGCUGUAACGCAACGGAGAUAAUAGGCCGUAUUACACGAACUUUGUGGCUUGCUUAUCGGCAAAAUGCCAAC